CUUAAAGAGGCCGUUGGGACUCGCAACUCCCAUCAGCUGCAGUCAGCAUAGCCCGAUGGUCAGCGUUAUGGGAGCUGUAGUCGAACAACGUGGGGCGGGCGAUGGGCUCCCCGUUCCUGGUUUAAAAGCAAUAGCCAGAUUACGGCCACCUCCCUCGGUUGCAAAUAAAGGAGGGGAGGGCGGGCCGUGGCUGAGACACAGCGACUUCAAGUGCACUGCGAUGUCGUCCACGGUUCACAUUGCAGGUUCGAAGUGGGGUUAAUGCUGGUUCAGGUUCACCAGGCAAAAUGCUGUUGCUGCGGCUCGUUUGUUUUUAAGACAUUGCCUCAGCAAAGGUACCGGAGUAAUGAAAUAGCACAGAAAAACCUGUCUGCUCCACUGACUUACAUGCAGAUGCACAGAACUUUUAAACGUCGUUUGGAGACUUGCGAAAGCGAAACCCCGCCAGUAAAAAGACCAGCGUCAGAGCACAAUCCUCUCUAUAUGACUGCUCAGAUGUCCAAAGGGACUUCCUUCCAGCAUUCACCGGUGUAAAUGAACGCACCUUCCUGGCCAUUAAGCCAGAUGGGGUACAACGGCAUCUGGUUGGAGAGAUCAUCCGACGCUUCGAGAAGAAGGGCUUCAAACUGGUGGCGAUGAAGCUCAUGCAGGCUUCUGAAGACUUGUUGAAGGAGCAUUACAUUGCCCUCCGUGAGCGUCCUUUCUAUAACCGCCUGGUGAAAUACAUGAGCUCUGGACCUGUUGUGGCCAUGGUUUGGCAGGGACUGGAAGUGGUGAAGACGGCGCGCGUCAUGAUUGGCGAAACUAACCCAGCGGAUUCCAAGCCUGGGACUAUCCGAGGUGACUUCUGCAUUGAAGUUGGCAAGAAUGUGAUUCACGGGAGCGAUUCGGUGGAGAGCGCCCAGCGAGAGAUCUUGCUCUGGUUCCGCACAGAUGAACUGGCCUGUUGGGAAGACAGCGCAGAUCACUGGAUUUAUGAGUAAGGCAGAGCAGUUGAAGCCUGCCCCCCUCCCUGCUGCUGUCACUCAGGCACUGCACAAACCCGUCCAUUCCCUUUCAGCUUAUCUGGGAUUUCCCUGGGUAGCUUUCUUCUUUUGUUGAGUUGGGAGGGGAAGAGAAAGGGCGAGAGUAUUUUAGAUCUGAACAAACACAUUGUGUCAGUUUAACAGCUAGUAAUUUAAUUCCCUUUCUCCCUGCCUCCCCAGCCCCCAAUUAUAGCCCUUUGGGGGCGAUAUUAACAAAAUCUGCACUAUUAAACCAAUAUGGAAAAGCAAACACCAAGGGGAUUCCAGUUCUCUUUUCUUACUUUUAGAAUGUAUUUUCAAAGGGCUUCAUUAAUGGUUUUCCUGCUGCUUCCCAAUCCAAGCCUGCAAAGACUACCCCACUUGGUUAGGUCACAGUUUUACUAGCUACAGGGCACAGACCCCACUUUGCAAUCCUAGUCAGCGGAUUGCCUGGGCUUGGAUACUGCUAUUUGCAGCAUCUUUGGGGUUGCAAAGCACCAUGUCUCGCUGGCCACAGAGUUUUAUUUCAAACCACACAGGCGAAAACAGGCCACCCAACACAAUUGCAACAUCAGGUGGCUGGCCGGCCCUCCUUUCCCAACUUGGCCCAUGGGAAGGGUGGAGGAAACACAGAUCCAGCCUGCCCCUGGUCUUUCUAAAAGGAAACAUCAAAUAAGACAGAAACAAGGGGAGCUGUUCUGUUUCGGUUUACUUAAGCAGCAGCAAAUACAAAGAAUUGUUCCCAGCUAGCAAUAUCCCGAGCUUCAGCAACAGGGCUUAUACGGCUGCUGUUAUGUCCUGCUCUCUCUCUCCAGUGAAUGCAAUUUCUUUUUAGGCAAUGACUAGAAAUACAGAAUUCACUGCUCGUAUCUCAUACCCAUCCUGCUUCCUCCAAUAGUCCAGGGUGACUGCUUUUAGUGCAUGUUUUAUCUUAGUGAUGGGAAAUAUUCAGGUCUCCAGAUGUUGGUGCCUCCAUCACCUCUGACUGUUGGCUAUGCUGUCUGGGGCUGAUGGGAGUUGGAGUACAAAAACAUCUGGAGGAUCACUGCCCACCUGUGUGUUUGUUUGUUUUUUUUAAAAAAAUCUUAUUCACAGCUGACAACUAAUGUUCAGUAGGAACAGAAUGCUAGGCUUUGGGAGCGGAAGCUGGCUUUUGAGGAGGCCUCUGAUAGACUGUUUAUAGAAGUGGAAAUAGCCAAAUCCCACCUGGCUGGAGAAGUAUUGUUAUACUAGGCUAUCAUGGUUCCUGUGUUUUCCUCUGAGAGCUUUCAUCCCACUGCAAGUUAUUGUUCUUCCACAUAUUUUCCAAAAGGAGAUUGUUUACAUCUAUAAAUAUGUACAGGGCUACUUUUUAAAUACUGGUUGCGUUUUGCUUUUGUAAAAUAAAUUUUGGGAAAAGGCAAUCGUUUUUAUUAUGUGUCCGUCAGGGUGGUGUAUCUUGGAAAAGGGUGUGGAUGGCUGGCUGGGAGUCCAGAACAAGGGCACUUCACACUUGCACCAUAUUGUUGCAGGUGACAACCCUCGCCCCAUCACUCGGGUGUGCACCAUCGAAAGAUGCAAGAAACUUCAUGCCAGCAGCUCCUUAAAAAUACCACCUCUAGUGUGUGUUUAUCAAUGCUCUCGAACCUGUGAUGUUAACACGGUUUUUUUUUAUUACAUACAGAACAGAUAUGGUCAUCUUUUGGAUAGCGUAUAAGGG